AAAUAAAUAAAUAAAUAUCUCACUCUCAAGUCAAAAUCCAGAAACUAGCUCUACUUUCCUCGUUUUAUCUUCUCGAAAUGCCAUUCUCUAUUCUGAGGAUGGCUGUGCAUUCCCUGCCCAUUAAUCCAUUGCCCAACACCCAUUUGUCGCCGCUGCUGUAUUAUAUGGUGUACUGCACUCAAUUUCAGGCAAGCACAAAGCAAUCAAGUUGUGGAGUAUGGCUUGUGAAGAAUAAAUUUCCACCAAUUGGCCUCGUUAGUCCCUUUACCAGAAUCCACGCAUAUCGAGUUGGGAGUGUUGUCGAUACAGAAGAGGCUUCUGAUCUUGAGGAUUGUUUCAAGCAAAAACUUGCCACUGAUUCAUUUGAGGAAAACACUUACAAUGACAAGAUUCAACUUCGUAGUUCUUCGCAAAGUCUGAUUGAUAAAAAUCAGAUUGAGCAAGACAGAAGAAGAAAGAUAUCCUUGGCAAACAAGGGAAAAGAGUCAAGGAGCAAAGGCAGAAAGCAUGGCCCAGAGACUCGUGAACGGAUCAGCCGGAAUACAAAAGCAGCCCUCAUGGAUCCCAAGAUUAGAGCGAAGAUGUCCGGCAGCCACGUUCUCAGUGACGAGUCCAAGGCGAGAAUAAGCUAUUCACUCACACGGGUAUGGGGAAGGAAAUUGAAAUGGAAAAGGUCAAGGGCAAAAUUCUUGUCAUCGUGGGCUGAUAGUAUAGCAGAAGCUGCUAAAAGAGGUGGGAAUGGCCAAAGAGAACUACACUGGGAUAGCUAUGAUAAGAUUAAAGAAGAAAUAGCUAUCGAACAGCGUCGCCAAGCUGAGGCAAAGGAAAUGGCCAAAGAAAAGAUGGCAAGGGUUGCUCAGAAGAGAAAAGUGAAGGAACAUAAAGCAACACCAAGAGGAGAAAUGAGGCGUAAGAGAAAUAGAAAAUCAAAGGAAGAGAGAGAGGAGUUAGACAUUGCUCAAGAGCUGAAAAUCAAUGAGAGGUUGGCAAAGCUUCAUAAGAGGAAGACAUCUACAAAUGGUCAAAUCAGUAGCGAAGAUCAGCAGGCUUGGGAGAAAUUGGAUUUGGAGUUUGUAAAGAAGGAACAAAUACGAAGACAAGUUUCACUUGCAGAUCAGAUCCGAGCUGCCAAGGCCAAAAGAGUGGAAUAUGUUGCUAGGGAAAGGCUGCCAACUGCACACUCUCUUCACUCAGAGAGUGAUCAGCAGAGUGAAUGACUCGUAAAAAGCUGCAUAGCAUAACAAUAAACCCAUGGAGAGCAAGAGAAACUUUGAUGGAACCAUUUGGAGCAACAGAAAUCAGAAAAUCAGGCAAGUCAUCUAUGGGGUUCAACCUCAUGUGGUGGCAGGAAGAUGUUUUCCUUGGACGUAUAAGCGUUACAGUUCUCUACCCCUUCACAUGUGAAUGACAAGUGAGAAAAAUUCUUCUGGAUGAUCUUGUUUGGUUGAUGGGAGGGAGGGUACUGUGUUUUACCUGUUUCUGAACAAAAUUAUUUUAACAAUAUUUGUCUACUACUUGAAAUUCAAGUUUU